AGAAAUCUGAUCGGUACAUUGUGUGAAAGUGACUACAGUUCUUGUAGAAAUAUUUUCGUUUCAAGACAUCCCAACAGAUAUAGAAUUCCAUAAUGUCACACUUUCGUGCUGUUCCAUUUGGACUUGGACGGGAUACACAGAAUAAGAUAGAUGGUCAAUUCAGUCCGUCUGAUGCUGUCAGAUGUUUAGAAUGGAUAAAACAAGAAUCUGGAGAAAAUUUUGAAAUUGAAGAAAAUACUGAAGAAAAAUUAAAAGUUAUUGAUAAUUUUUAUGAAAUAUUAAAAGAUGGUAUGAUACUCUGCAAAAUUGUAAAUAAAUAUCUUGAUGAUGAUAAAAAAUUAAAUUUCAAUUCAAUAACUUUUAAGAAGUCAUCGAAUUUGAAUUUUGAAGCAAACCGCGAAAGAGAAAGGUUGGAUCUGUUCUUAAAGAAAUGUGUAGAGCUGGGAAUUAACCGUGGUGCCUUGUUUCAAAUUGAUAAUCUAUAUGAAUGUACCCAUUUAGGUGCUGUUUGUGCUGGUAUUCAGGCGUUGGGAAGUGAGAUUGAAGCAAGACCAAACUUUUCUGGAACUCGCCAGUGGCCAAAGAAAUUUGUAGAUCCAAAUGCUGAAAAGAGAAAACAGAAAGAGAGGGUCGAGAGCCAAGGUUGUACCUACAAGGGAUUGUUGUACGGUGCUCCAACAGAGUAAACUUAUGGAGUCUUUCACAGGUGGCAAGUCGUGUGGAAACUGAAAUUAUAAGAUAAACACUGCCUAUCUGAUUUCAUUAUAAAACUCAUGUCAUGCGAUCUCAUUUCCCGCACACUAUAUUUUGAUUGUGUUACAGAUUCUGACAUUCGUAGAAGCAUGAUAAUCAUAACAUAACAUAAAAUAAACUGAACCACAUAAGAGACAAGGCACUGUAAAUUCAUUAUUUAUUUCACACACAAAGUUGAUGAUAUAGAAUUAUUUACAGCAAUGUAAUAUCGUCUAUUAUCAGAGAAGGGUACAGUCCGCUGAUACAGUUAUACUGUUAACAACGUCGUUGAGCACGCUGCAGAUGUGCUCUUCGAAGACAAUCUAUCAGGAUGGAGACAAUGUUAGACGUUUAAUAAAGGCUGCUUUUGGGUGUCUGUGACAUCUAUCUGAUCACCAUAUACCUAUUUAUGUAAAUACAUUCAAGUCAUCUUGAUAUCGUGUCACUGUGUUUCUUGUGUUGUUCAGGUAUAAUAUGUUACUAAACCCUCUAUGAGUCUAGUGCUUGACCUAUCAAACAUUGUGAAACAACCAAGUUGAUCCAAUAAUGCCAAUGUUUAAUGCCUUUUUUCUACAAUAAAUGGCAUUUUAGCUGUAAUAGGUCGUAUACUGUAACAAUUUUCAAAUUAUAUUUAGAUAGAUAACGUGUACCUUAACUGAAACUUGAAAUAUGCGAAAACAUCCUUAUCAAAAUUUUCAUUUAUCUUUAUCCAACUAAUAGUCACCGAUAAAAUUCUGUUUUAUUAAUUGAUAUAUAAUUACUAUAUGUCACUUUUGGAUAAUUGUUUACUUAAUUAAUUAAAACACAGAUCCCUUUUCUCAACUCCAAUUAUUAUGUAAAUAUGGAUGAAAAUAAUUCAAAAUAUAAUUUAAAAAGUUAAGUAUUUUGUAGAGCUUUUAGUUUAUAAUCUUUUGUUUUAUAAUUUCAUGCUUGAACAUUCUUGUUGUUAUACUUUCAAUGUAUUAAUCUUUCUGUGGAAAAUUACAUUCAAUUAAAUAUUUCAUUUACAGUAA